AUGACAAUUCUACCUACCGACAGAUUCGCCACGAAGGCCAUCCAUGCUGGCGCACACGUUGACGUGCACGGUUCCGUGAUCGAGCCCAUUUCGCUUUCGACGACUUUCAAGCAGACCGCUCCAGCUCAGCCAGUGGGCCAAUACGAGUACUCUCGCUCCCAAAACCCAAACAGACACAACUUAGAAGAAGCCGUUGCUGCCCUUGAAAACGGCAAAUACGGGCUUGCGUUUUCGUCUGGGUCUGCUACGACGGCCGUUAUCCUACAAUCGUUGCCCCAGGGCUCGCACGCCAUUUCCAUCGGCGACGUCUACGGUGGUACCCACAGAUACUUCACCAAAGUGGCCAACACGCACGGCGUCGAAACUACGUUUACCAACGAGCUCGUCGAGCAACUGCCAAAUUUGGUGAAAGACAACACCAAACUUGUCUGGAUCGAGUCACCAACGAACCCAACCUUGAAGGUUACCGACAUCCAAUUGGUUGCUAACACAGUUAAGAAAAUCAACCCAGAAAUUCUGCUCGUCGUCGACAACACGUUCUUGUCGCCUUACUUGUCCAACCCAUUGACCUUUGGCGCCGACAUUGUCGUCCACUCCGCUACCAAAUACAUAAACGGUCAUUCCGACGUUGUUCUAGGUGUUCUUGCUACUAACAGCAAGGCACUAUACGAGCGUUUGCAAUUUUUGCAAAAUGCCGUCGGCGCCAUCCCAUCGCCUUUCGAUGCCUGGCUCGCUCACCGUGGUCUCAAGACUUUGCAUUUGCGUGUCAGACAAGCAGCUCUCAACGCCACCAAGAUCGCCGAGUUUUUAACUCAGAGCGACAAAGUCGUCAGUGUCAGCUACCCUGGUCUUUCCACACAUCCAAACUACGAUGUGGUUAAGAAACAGCAUCGCGACGCCCUUGGAGGUGGUAUGAUUUCUUUUAGAAUAAAGGGUGGUGCCGAAGCUGCUGCUAAAUUCACAUCUUCGACAAGACUAUUUACUCUGGCCGAGUCUCUCGGUGGUAUUGAGUCUCUUCUCGAGGUUCCAGCUGUCAUGACUCAUGGUGGCAUUCCCAAGGAUCAGAGAGAAGCUAGCGGCGUCUACGACGACUUGAUCAGACUCUCCGUCGGUAUCGAGGACACCGAAGAUCUGUUGGCAGACAUCAAACAAGCGCUCGACGUUUCCGUCUAA